AUCACUAAAAUACAAGCUCUUCCCUCUGAAAGUAAAAUCUGUGGAAGAAAAAAAAUCUCAUAGAAGUUUAAGAGGAUAGGACAUGAACUGAUACUGUUGGCGUGACUGUAUCUUUGUGGCGAACAAAUCUGACGAUGAAGUGUGUAGCCUUGCUGUCAGUGGUUGCGUGCGCCUUCGCGGUGGCGAUUUGGGCGGCGAACGGUGAUGACAUCUUGGUCCCACCGCGCCGGGAAGUUUACGGCAAUGGCCGAAUAUUCGACAUCAGUCACCGGUACCACCCUGAGAUGCCGGAAUUUGAAUCGAAGGACGGCAUAGGGCAGUUCCUGUGGCUUCCGAAGAGCAUGAAGAACGGCUCCAUAGCUAACAACUCCGAAAUGAAGCUCCCAACCCACACCGGCACGCACGUCGACGCUCCCGGCCAUGUCUUCGACCACUACUUCGAUGCUGGCUUCGACGUCGACACGCUCGACUUGGACAUCCUCAACGGACCUGCUCUAUUAGUCGAUGUUCCAAGAGAUAGUAAUAUAACUGCUGAAGUUAUGAAGUCGUUACAUAUUCCAAGAGGUGUAACACGCGUUCUCUUCCGAACUUUAAAUACAGACAGGCGGCUUAUGUUUCAGAAGGAAUUUGACCCAAGCUAUGUAGGAUUCACAGUGGAUGGAGCAAAAUGGCUUGUGGAGAACACUGAUAUCAAAUUUGUAGGAAUUGAUUACCUAUCUGUUGCUUCUUAUGAUUACUUGAUUCCAUCUCACCUUGUUUUUUUAAAAGAUCGGGAAGUCAUUCUUGUUGAGGGCUUGAAGCUUGAUGAUGUUCCUGCAGGAUUUUAUUCAGUCCAUUGCUUACCUCUUAGGUUGUCUGGUGCCGAGGGAUCACCAAUUCGGUGCAUUCUGAUUAAGAAUUAAGGAAACAGUGUUGUCUCAAGUGCAGGGGGAGGUGCAAAUCAUCAGGGGUUUAUCAUGUGAAAUGUGAGAGGGAUGCAACAAUCUUAGCGUUAUGUUGAAUUUGGUGUUCUUUUGUCUAUUAGGCUGGAACUGCUAAAUUCGCAGUGGUGCAGUUAUGGAGCAAGAUAGUAAUGAACGUGUUGUACAUCGAGUUUUGUGGCUUAGGUUCACAGUUACUAGAUACACGCAUAAGACGUUAUAUUUAGAUAAUAGCAUUAUGCUUAAUCUGGUUUUCUCUUGUCCCAUAUGUUGGGACAGAAUAAAUUGGCACAGUGGUGUGCAUCUUUAUGCAGCAAGAUGGUAUCAAUAAUAUUUUUGAACUCUAGGGACUAA